AUGUGCACAACUUUCAUCACUGCCCUGCUUCUUUCGUCACCUGCACUUACAUCAAUGAUCUCAGCGAUUUGUGUAGAUAUGGCUUCAAGAUCCGAAAUCCGCACAAUAUCUGCAGUCGAGCGUGCUCAACUUUUAGCCGAAUUCAAGCACCAACGUCGUGAGAUGGGACCACGGCGAUUUACAAGAGCUGUAGCUUCUUCAAAACUAUGUUCAAUAAUUAGGCGAAUGGAUGAAGCGUUGACGCAACCUAUGCCCUACUGGGAUGCACGCUGGGAUUUGCGGUUACCACGACCAGCUGAUUCUGCUAUAUUCAGCGAGGAUUUCUUUCCGAAGUCAAGAAAGCGUCGGACAAGGGAAAAAUUUGCUCGAGAGAGUGUUCCUCGUGGUCUAAACUCGCAUUUUCGUCAGUUGGGAGUCAACACUUUACUAACUGAGGCUAUUCGAUCUAGUCGCGCAGCACAGCUAAUGAUCAUACUUUAUCAACUUGGAACGUGGAAAGCAACUGAAGAAGACUGUUCUUCCUGCCCUCGACAGUCACGCUUGGCGUUUUGUGAUCAAAACCGAAAACAAUGUGUGGCUCGCGUCAUGAGAACAGGGAACUGCUCCGGCUUCAUCGACGAUAACCCAUGCUAUGCCUCCAGAUGUGUGAGGGGCGUUUGUGUUCCACUUUUGAAGCCAACCAUUAGGACUGAGGGCCAUCCAAGGAGGAAAAUCGCUGAACGAGCUGCUCCUUUGAUUGACACCACCACAACGGAAACAGUUACUUCUACGCCAGAUCCUAUAGAGGCAUUACUGGAAAUUGCGAACGAGGAACAGUUGUCCGAUGACUACAACUUAACAUUGCCGCAUAACUUCACUUAUGCCGACAAAUCUAUGACUUCCCAACUAUCAAAUAAAUGUAUUAGCCUCAACGGCACUGUACCCGAAAAGGAGCAACCCUCGACAACCCAAUCUACUCGCACUACCAUGAAUGUCACAACCAAAGCAACAACCACAGUGAUCUCCUUUACCAAUCCACUCUUUGACAACCCACACUUUGAUCGUAGGCUCCGAACAUGGGUCUAUGGAUUUGAUGACUUCUUACCGUAUCCCUCAGUAUACUUCCCAGUGACAGUUGUCCAUGGCGACUAUAAGCCACACUCGCUUCCAUCAUACAGUCUUGGCAACGUCAUGGUAUACAGUCAAGGUGAAAACCUACCAAAUGGGUACACGCAUAUAGUAGAGGCGCUUCCGCUCGAACACGGUUACAUCAUUCGUAUACCAGAUCCAGCAUCCGUCGAUGUCCUAGUGGAAUUCUCACUUAUGGUGAAACAAAACGGACGUGAUUGCCCAAGGCUGUGCCUCCAUAAAAGACGCUACAUACCUUGCCGACGUUCUACUGUACGCCUGAGCAAGUACCCGGCAUACUCCGAAAAACUUCACUACUUUAAGACCCCUAGACAAGUUAUCGACCGCAUGUUCAAAGGUGCUGGCUAUUUUCGACGACGUAAACAGGACGCCUUCUUAUUCACAUGUCCAAAUUGA